AUUUGUUUGUUUGUUUGUUUGUUUAUUUAUUUUUUUUAUCUUAAUCAUGCGUGUUUCUGUUUGUAAUGUUCUGACGUGGAUUAUAUUAUUUACGUGGAUACGUUUAUUUUACUACAUGCAUAUUUAUAAUAUGAAAGGGAGAGAAUAUUGUGAUAGUCCCGUUUAAAAUAUGCGAGACAAUGAGAAAAAAUGUAACCGUCGUCGCCUGUUUUAUAUCUCAUAAACAAACGGGAUAUCUUUAUAAACUAGUCCAAUGGAAAUUGUUUUACUUUGAUCGGAGAAUAUCUAUGAAAAAUAUCGUUACUUUAAAUAUUCGUUAGUUCGCGACGGUCCCUUGAUAAUAAAUUUAUAAUUGAUCACGUUACUUUACUGACUGAUAUCAUGAUAUAUAUCAACUUGUUUAUUUAAUCAAUUUAUUUGUUUGAGACUCUUUGAAAACGUUAAAGAUCGUGAAGAAACGUCGAAGUAUCAUUGAAAACACGAUAUACGAUUGAAUGGAUCGUUGCACUCGACGGAAGGAGAGUAUCGUAUUACCUUUUGUAAGACUUUCGUCGAAACAGUAAUUCCAAAAUUUAUUACCUUUUCGAGAUGUUUGAAAUGAAAAUAGAUUUUCUUCUCUGACAUUUGAAUAUUCACGUAUGUGUAUAAGUAGGACUCGUAGACCGAACGUGUAGAUUAUUUUUUUCUAACGUCGUUUGCUUUAUAUUUUUUUUAUAUAACUGUCAAUAAAGUUUUACGAUAAUAACGACGAGAAGAAUAUUUUAGAAAAAAUGGGAUUCCUUGUUAAAAAUGGAAUUUUGAAAAGUCUUAUUUUAUCUUUCGUUCUAUGGAUAUCGAUCAACGUGAAUAUUUUCAAUUUUUUUUGACACUUCAAACCGAGCCACAUAGGUACUUACUCAUAAAUCGCAUUUGAAAAAAGAGAGAGAGAGAGAGAGAGAGAGAGAGAGAGAGAGUAAGAGAGACAAUCGAUCCUAAGAAACAACCAGGCGUGAGUUUCAAUUAACUUCGACCUAUUUCCCUUAGAAACUAAAAGCAGCGCGACACAAUGUUAUGACUCGCUUUGGCGCCACUCGCACACAUCUUCUAAUAGAUUAUAAUAUAAAUGUGAGAAAAGGAAAUCUUAUAUUGCGUAUGCAUUAUCAUUGUAUUCGUAUGUGUAUUUUUCUUAGGCGUUUCGUAUUUUCGCACAAAGAAAAUCAUAGUGCGCGAUAAUCGUUAAGUUACUUAUUACGUACCUAUCUAUAUUUAAAAUAAAAUUGAUUUAUUUUUUGUUGAAUGGAAAUUAAUUAAACAUGGAUGAUAAUUACGUUAAUCCGUUAGAUUAUAAUAUUAUCGUCGUUUUUUUAAUUAUUGUCAUUACCUUUACUUACCUAGCAUGACGUUGACUUUCUUGUUAGGCAAAUUAGGGCGUUAAAUACAUCGUAUAAACUCGUAUAUGCAUCGAUAAUGAUAAUACCAUAGAGAUACGUGAGAGAAUGUGAUUUAGUCCAUUCAUAGAAAGUACGCCUGCUGUACUCAUUUCUCUGGCAACCUCUGACCUUGUGGGUCCCGGAUGCCCUGCCAACUCCUUAUCGCUUGCUUUCAGUCUUUUUUAAGCUCAUCGGUCGUCGUUGAACGAGAACGAAAUACGAGUAAAAGCGCUGGCGAGAUCGGCACUCAGCAGCAACAGCAGCAUCAGCAUCAACAUCAGCAUCAACAUCAUCAUCCGCAUCAGCAACAACAACAACAACAACAACAACAACAGCAACAGCAGCAGCAGCAACAGCAGCAACAACAGCAACAGCAACAACAAUACGGCGAAGUGAACCAAUUGGGUGGAGUGUUUGUGAAUGGCAGACCACUACCGAACGCAGUACGUUUGAGAAUAGUCGAGUUAGCUCAAUUGGGUAUCAGACCCUGCGACAUUUCGCGACAACUCCGAGUCAGCCAUGGAUGCGUCAGUAAAAUACUCGCACGUUACCAUGAAACUGGAAGUAUAUUGCCUGGUGCGAUCGGUGGAAGCAAACCACGUGUCACCACACCAAAAGUCGUGCAAUAUAUAAAACAACUUAAACUUAAGGACCCUGGUAUAUUCGCUUGGGAGAUAAGAGACCGUCUGCUGUCCGACGGUGUCUGCGACAAGUACAACGUGCCAUCGGUUUCGAGCAUAUCAAGGAUACUACGGAAUAAGGUUGGGGCUAGUACGACGAUGCAUCAUCAUCCGCAUCAUCCAGCCCAUCAUCAUCAUCAUCUUUAUGCAGCCGCAGCGGCUGCCGCUGGUGCAGCACUGUGUCCUGUUCCGUAUCCACCAGCACCAUAUCAUCCGACGCCCUCGCCAACCCAUCAUCAUCAUCAUCAUCAUCAAGUUGGUACGUCAACGGCGAUCAAGCUGUCCACGUCAUCGUCAGCAUCCUUGAUAUACACCAGUGGUGAGAUCCAAGCGAUAGCAGCAACAACCGCAACACUGACGGCACUAUCAACAACAGUAACAACAGUCACGACAACUACGACGACGACGACAACGACGACAGCAACAAUGGCGGUCGCGGCAGCUGCAGCAGCAACAGCUGGUAUUCUUCAAUGGCCGAGUCCUCACACUGUCCAGGAUAUUUUAUCGAUUGGCGUCACUGCGAAUGGCACACCAAGUACCACCUUCUCCUUGCCUGAUUCACCCGCUUGCACGAGCUUCCUUCUCAACAAUAACAAUAACAGUCACAUCACCAACAACAACAUUAGCUACCACGAUCUUUCCCACCGUCAUCAUCAUCAUCAGCAGCAGCAGCAGCAACAGCAACAGCAACACGAUCAAUUGCAUCAUCGGCAGAAUAACGACAGUACCUCAGGGAGCAAUAACAGCAACAAUAACAGUAAUAAUAAUAAUAACGACGACAGCAAUAACGGUAGUAGUAAUGCCAGUUGCGAUAGUCUCGGCAAUAAUAACAGAGAAACGACACCAAGUGGGUACCAAAGUCUCCCUUAUCAAGCUCAUCAUCAUCAUCAUCAUUAUCAUCACCAUCAUCAUCAACAACAGCAGUAUUAUGCUUCCGCGCUCUAUCACCAUCAUCAUCAUCAUCAUCAUCAUCCAGAUAGCGUGAGACCGCUCGCGGCCGGCUCGCCCGUUCUCUCGCCGGUUCUUUCGGUUCAACCAAUAAUGAUGCAACUAUCGAGUAGUCAACCUGCCAGCCCGUGUAAUUAACGGUCGAUAGACAUUUUCUCGGUAUGUGUUCAUCGUUAUUCAAUGAUCGUUAUUCAACUCAAAUCAGCUGUGUGAAUUGAAAAAGACUUUGUAGAAAGAAACAGUGCCUUUCGUAGAUUCGAUUCGAUGAUACGUAAUCGACAAACCCAAUUUGAAAGUAGGUACUCUAAUCGCCAAUAUCCUAAAUACCAAAGACUAUUUCUAGGCAUCUCUUUCUUUCAUUCUCUAUUUUUCUUUACUACGCGUUUCGCGUUCUAACUUUCUAUCGAAAAUUACCAAUGAAAUGAUUAUUAAGUAGAUAGAUACGUGUUUGCGUAGACGAACGAAGUGAUAUUUCAGUGAAGUGCACUAAAUAUUUACACGUAGAUAUGCGAAGGAGACUAUGAAAAACUAUGAUAUCGCAGAUCAAUUUUUUUAUUAUUCCAAAUGGUAGCUACGAUGACGAUGAAGAUUUUCGAAAAAAAUAUUAUACGUGAUCCGGUGAAAGUGUCGGUUGGUUAUUUGUCAUUACAAAUGGAGAAUCUUUUUUGUCCAUGGAUUAUUUUUGAAAAAAAACCUACGUCACAUCAUUUUUAUCGUACUAUAUCAUUGGUAGCCGUUGACAAAAUUUCUGUGAAAUUCAAUGGCCGGUACGUUAUGUGAUUGCUCGUUAUACAAGAUCUUUAAUAUUUGUUUCUAACAAACGUUAAGAGAUAAUUGUCGUACAUACGAGACUCUAUUUAUAUACAUAUUACAAAUAUGUAUACUUAUUGAAAAGGUAAGAAAAGAAAUCGUGUUUAAACAUAAUACAUCAUUUCUUAAUUGGUGCCAAAAAAGGGUAAUACGUUUGAAAUCAAAAUGAAUUGAUGAUGAAUGAAUUGGUUUUUUUUUAGUAAAGAGAACCUAACGUGCCUUUAUAUCAUAAUUACACUUAAUUACACGUUUCUUCUCGUUUAGUUUAGAAACGUAUCUAUAGAUAAAACAACGAUCUUUGAGAAAGUAUUAACUUCGUGUCUUUUACGACCAAUCAUAUCACGUCGUGCGUACUUAACACACGUAUUACCAGUAUUCAACAUGUUUGAGUUGAUGAUUAAUACCAAAAAUCAGUACGCGAUAUAACGUGUUAUUUUAAUAAAUAUAUGAUGUUUAAUUAUUACGAA